AUGGCCGCCACCCACCGCGAACGAUCUCAGACCCCGCCUCCCGGUGUCAAGCCAACAGCUGCCCUGGGAGCAGACCUCGCAGACUACGACGACAUCUCGCCACGCUCUGUCUCGGUAGCUUCCACCGCCUCGUAUGGCUCCCAUUCCACCCGGGCUUCCAUUGGCAGCGACUCAUCCGGUUCCACCGCCAGCCGUCACUCCUCAGCCAGCUUCCUUGCCACAGCCAGAAAUCCAGCCCUCAACCUGGCCCCGACAGAGAAUGUACGACACUCGACAGGCAACUUCGGCGUGGCUGGCCGGCCCGUCCCAAGGAAGAGAGGCUACAUGAGACCCACGGGCACAGAUUUUGCAGCUUCCGCAAGGAGCAGGGACAGUGUAUUGAGCCUGGGCAGCAUCGCACAUCUCCAGUACUACUUUGCACGCACGGGGCUGCUGGACGGGAAGGGCGCCCAGCUGGCCCGCAAGAACAGGCAAGCAAAGGCACAGACACUCGACUUCAGCAGUUUGAGCACGUACGACUUCGCAACAGCCUCUGGUAACACCCCGAGGAUCGUGACGUCGGAUGCGGAAUCGAGCUACAUGAACCUGGGCACGAGCCCGGACGCGGGAGGCUCGCAUUUUGGCGUCGACAUGACCGACAGCCCCACGGCCGACGACGACGAGGGCGAGCUUGACUUUGACGAGUGGGAGGAGCCAGACCCCACCGUUCUGCCUCCCACAACAAGCACGUACAAGCACAGGGAGAAGCCGAUUCCCAAGCCCCCGUCCAUCCGGCAGCUCAAGGCCGACCUGAGGACGGCCCUGACCAUGGCAAGUGAGGCAGUGGAACACGCCAAGAACAACAGGGUCAACCCGUAUGAGGGGGAGAGCCGGUCACGGGCGCAAUCCAACGUUUCCGUCACCUCCCUGACUGACUCGCCCACGCCCCCAUCGCAUGCGCGCCAGCUCUCCAAGGCGACGGUCCAGGCGCCUGGCUGGUUCGAAAUCCAAGGCAUGCACGUGCUGGAUGUCAUGACCCUGGCCAUCCGCGCCGCAAAGGUCUACUACACCUCGCACGACGCCCCUGAGCGGCUCGACUCGAUCAAGCCGGAGAAGGAGCUGCGCAAGGAGCUCUUCAACGUCAUGGAGAUGCUCAAGCGCAUGGCCACGCGGGACUUCCAGGGCGGCAUGCGCGACGACGAGGUCAAGACCAUGGAGGAAUGGGUGACGGGACUGUUCCAGAUGCUCAAGGAGGAAGAGGAGGUCGAGGCCGCCGAGGCUGAGGAGCGCGCCAGCUGGACAUGGCUCAAGGACGAGGACUGGCCCGAGGGCACCGAGGUGCAGAGGGAGUACGCCUUCAUUGUCAGCAUGCUGGACGGGCCAUCCAACACGAACAGGGCCCCCGCGCCCGACGGCAGCGUGAUGGAGGUCCCCGCCCUGCCCGAAUGGGUGCCUAUCGACCGCUCCAAGCCCCUGGAGGACCAGGACCUCCCCACCCCGUUCCUGCUGAGCCUGCAGAACGGGCUGCGCCUGGUCCAGCUGCACAACGCGGCGGUGCGUAAGUCGCGCCGGCGAUUCGGCAUGAUCGGCACCUUCCACACCGACACGCAGAAGCCCUAUCGGUGCGCCGACAACAUCCGCUACUGGGCCAAGGCCGCGGAGCUCAGGUGGGAGGUCUCGGGGCUCCAGUUCGACGCGCUCGGCGUGGUCUACAACAGCCGCUCCGACGUCUGGGUCCAGUUCGAGGACGCGGUGCUCGCCUGGUGCCGCAAGGUCAGGGAGGAGAUCACGGCCGACCUGUCCAGGCCACCGACGAGAGUCGGGCCCCCGGCUUGGCUGCCCUUGAAAAAGCAGCCGCUUCCUCAGCCAGAGAUGCUGACUGAGGAGUAA